AAGCAGCCUAGUUGAUUGUGAGCUCCCUAGAAGAAAACACCACCCAUCCCCAAGAGUGAUCAGCUCCUAUUGUCUAGCCUAAAGAAAACCCUUGAAUCAUCAGCUUACCUAUAAACAAAUCUAGUGUUCUCCCUUCAAGUAUUGUAAUUUAUCUACAAAAAUCCCCACUCACCCUCCAGUCAGUGUUCUGAUGCUUAGAUCCAAAUUAUUCCUCAGUUCCACUGGGACUCCAUAUUCUCCUGACUGAUCGUGCUGGGAACUCUGCCUGUCUCCUGCCCUCAGCUACCAUCAUCAUCUGGGAAUCCCGACCAGUUCAAAGUUCAAGCUUCAGGGAGCGAUGGGAAAGAAGAAGUUCAGCGGAUUAGAACUCUCCCUGAUUGUCCUCUUCUGUUUGGUGGUGAUUGUAGCCUGCAUUCUGGUUGCACUUUUAGCAACAGGACAAUCUGGACUCCAAGACUUUUCUCCGAACUGUCCAGCAGUAAGCCUCUCAGAGAGAAUUGACUGCAUUCCUGAUCGAGGGGCAACAAAGAGCUUAUGUACGCUGCGUGGCUGUUGCUGGAGUCCACAAAAUGAAACAAGCAUACCAUGGUGCUUCUUCUCCAAGAGUCAUGGGUAUAAGGUAGAAGGAGGUGUGACGCAAACAAAUACAGGUUUUGUAGCUAAGUUAACGAGGCUGCCUUCACCUUCCCUAUUUGGAAAUGAUAUUACCACUGUCCAACUCACGGGAGAAUAUCAGACAACAAAUCGCUUCCGGUUCAAGAUCACUGAUCCUAAUAAAAAAAGAUUUGAAGUUCCUCAUGAGAAUGUAAAAGAUUUUGGUGGACCUGCAGCCUCCAAUUUAAAGUAUAAAGUCGAUAUCAUUCAGGACCCUUUUGGUAUCACUGUGACGAGAACAAGCAACAGCAAAAUGUUGUUCGAUACUAGAAUAGGACCACUUCAGUAUGCUGACCAGUAUUUGCAGCUCUCAAUCAAACUACCCAGCAGCAACAUUUAUGGAAUCGGAGAACACGUCCACACACAAUACCGGCAUGAUGUUAACUGGAGAACGUGGCCCAUCUUUACCAGAGAUGCUUUCCCCAAUGGAGGCACUCAUAACUUGUAUGGAGCUCACACUUUCUUCUUGUGCUUGGAAGAUCACAGUGGAACCUCUUUUGGUGUGUUCUUAAUGAACAGUAAUGCCAUGGAAUUUGCUCUCCAGCCUGCCCCAGCAGCAACUUACAGAACAACCGGUGGAAUUCUAGAUUUUUAUGUCUUCUUAGGAGACACUCCGGAGCAAGUUGUUCAAGAGUAUGUAAAGCUGGUAGGAAUGCCUGCAAUGCCUUCAUACUGGAGUCUUGGAUUCCAACUUAGUCGCUGGAAUUAUAACUCUCUUGAUGAGUUGAAAGUUGUGGUAGAAAGAAACAGAGCAAUUGGGAUACCCUAUGAAAUUCAAUACACUGAUAUUGACUAUAUGGAGGAGAAGAAAGACUUUACUUAUGACGAAGUGAAAUUUAAGGAUCUUCCUAACUUUGCUGUGGACCUGCAUAACCAUGGACAAAAAUACAUUAUUAUACUGGACCCUGCCAUUGCAAACUCCUCUCGCCUUAAUAAUAUUCCAUAUCACUCCUAUCAGAGAGGAACGGAAAUGAAAGUGUGGGUAAAUGAAUCAGAUGGACUAACAGCACUCAUUGGAGAGGUGUGGCCAGGACUGACUGUGUUCCCUGACUACACCAAUCCAGAAUGUACCAACUGGUGGGUAGAAGAAUGUAAGCUCUUUUACGAUCAAGUGAAGUAUGAUGGGAUUUGGAUUGACAUGAAUGAAAUAUCCAGCUUUAUAAGAGGUUCAACACGUGGCUGUCAGCCAAACAACUUAAACUAUCCUCCUUUCACUCCCAGUAUUCUCGAUGGACUCAUGUAUUCAAAGACACUUUGCAUGGAUGCAGUGCAAUCUUGGGGAAAACACUAUGAUGUUCACAAUCUAUAUGGAUAUUCCAUGACUCUUUCUACUGAUAAAGCUAUACAAGCUGUUUUCCCUGGAAAAAGAAGCCUUACUAUUUCUAGGUCUACUUUUGCUGGAUCAGGCAAUUACACAGGACAUUGGCUAGGGGAUAAUGCUGCUACAUGGAAUGAUCUGAGAUGGGCGAUACCAGGAAUGCUGGAAUUUAACCUCUUUGGGAUACCUUAUAUUGGUGCAGAUAUUUGUGGUUUCUUUGAUAAUGUCACAGAAGAACUUUGCAGACGAUGGAUGCAAGUUGGAGCAUUUUAUCCAUUUUGCAGAAAUCACAAUGCUGAAAAUUACGCGCCUCAGGAUCCGGCUGUAUUUGGGGCAGAUUCUGUUUUGGUGAGAUCAUCAAAGAACUACUUGAACAUUCGAUACACUUUACUGCCCUACCUCUACACCCUUUUUUACAAAGCUCAUACACAAGGAGACACAGUAGUGAGACCACUUCUUCAUGAGUUCUAUUCAGAUGAAGCAACGUGGGCUAUUGAUCGACAGUUCUUGUGGGGCCCUGGUCUUCUUAUCACUCCUGUACUGGACCCAGGUGUGGAAACAGUGACGGCAUAUAUUCCUGAUGCAGUAUGGUAUGACUAUGAAACAGGUGGAAGAGUAGUAUGGAGAAAACAACAAGCAGAGAUGUAUCUCCCAGCAGACAAACUAGGACUUCAUUUGAGAGGAGGCUACAUUUUUCCUAUCCAGCAACCAGCUAAUACAACAGUGUACAGCCGCAAGAAUCCAAUGGGACUUAUAAUUGCAUUAGAUGACAAUAAACAAGCAGCUGGAGAUUUAUUCUGGGAUGAUGGAGAAUCUAGAGAUACAGUGAAAAAUAAGGCCUACAUUUAUUACCAGUUUUCAGUUGCCAAUAAUAGCUUAAAAAUUAAUGUUUCGCACAUGAACUACACCGAUCCCAACAACUUAAUGUUUGAGGAAAUCAAAAUCUUUGGAUUGCCUCUUCAACCUACAAUUCUUACUGUGUCUGUAAAUGGUGUGGUGGAGAAUUCUCCUCAUAAUAUCAGCUAUAAUCCUUCAGAUAAGGUUACCCAUGUAACUGGGCUUCAACUUGAGCUAGGAAAAUCAUACUUACUGGAAUGGAAUCAAGAGUUAAAUAACAUUGAAAGAUUUGAUUGUCACCCUAGUCCCAAUGCAACACAACAGACAUGCGAAGCCUUGAACUGUAUCUGGAAUCCUGUCUCCACUGAUAAUGUUCCAUCCUGUUACUACCCUUCUGACUAUGGUUAUUCUGUCAGUCAAAUUAAAUACACCUCUUCAGGUUUAUCGGUGAACCUCAACAGAAAUGGUAAUUAUGCUAAUCGUGCUACGACUUCUACUACCCCUAUCAAUACACUUCGCUUGGAUGUGACCUAUCAUGACAACAAUAUGCUGCAAUUUAAGAUUUAUGAUUACAGCAAUAAAAGAUAUGAGGUUCCAGUACCACUAAAUAUCUCUAGCAGUCCUACAAGUACAUAUGAGAAUCGACUCUAUGAAGUAACAAUUCAGAACAAUCCAUUCGGCAUCCAGAUUCGACGCAAAAGCACAGGGACAAUUAUUUGGGAUUCUCAGGUACCUGGCUUCACCUUUAGCGACAUGUUCAUUCAGAUUUCUACCCGUCUGCCAUCACAGUAUAUCUAUGGAUUUGGUGAAACUGAACACACUACAUUUCGGCGUGAUAUGAACUGGAACACCUGGGGAAUGUUCGCCAAAGACCAGCCCCCUGGUUACAAAUUGAAUUCUUAUGGUGUCCAUCCUUUUUACAUGGGCUUAGAAAAUGAUGGAAAUGCUCAUGGAGUCCUCUUACUUAACAGCAAUGCAAUGGAUGUCACAUUCCAGCCAACUCCUGCUCUGACGUAUCGCACUAUUGGAGGAAUUCUGGACUUUUACAUGGUGUUGGGCCCAACGCCAGAACUUGUUGUUCAGGAAUACACUGCACUGAUUGGACGACCAGUCAUGCCACCGUACUGGGCUUUGGGAUUCCAGUUAUGCCGUUAUGGAUACAAAAAUGACACAGAAAUCUCUGACCUGUACGAGGCCAUGAAGAGAGCUCGGAUACCUUAUGAUGUACAAUACACGGAUAUUGAUUACAUGGAACGGCAAUUAGACUUUACCCUCAGCCCAGACUUUGCUGGACUACCAGCUCUGGUUGACAGAAUGAAAACGGAAGGAAUGCGAUUCAUCAUUAUCCUGGAUCCAGCCAUUUCAGGCAACGAAACCAAUUAUCUAGCCUACACAAGAGGUGUCCAGGAAGAUGUUUUUAUUAAAUGGCCCAAUAGCAGUGAAAUUGUGUGGGGAAAGGUUUGGCCAGAUUUUCCCAAUGUAGUUGUUAAUGAAUCGCUAGACUGGGACACUCAAGUGCAGCUGUACAGAGCUUAUGCAGCUUUCCCAGAUUUCUUCCGCAAUUCGACAGCAAAGUGGUGGCAAAGAGAAAUAACAGAAUACCACACUAACCCAAAUCAACCAAAGAAAAGUGUGAAGUUUGAUGGCUUGUGGAUUGACAUGAAUGAACCAGCAAGCUUUGUUCAUGGAUCAGUCAAAGGCUGUAAAAACACAGAGCUAAACAAUCCUCCCUAUAUGCCCAGUUUGGAAUCACGGUCACUUGGGUUGAGUCACAAAACCUUGUGCAUGGAAAGUGAGCAGAUCCUGCCAGAUGGAACCCCUGUUAGACACUAUGAUGUGCAUAAUCUCUAUGGAUGGUCACAUGUAAAACCUACCUAUGAUGCUUUACAGAGCACCACUAAUGAACGUGGAAUUGUUAUCACCCGUUCAACGUAUCCCUCUAGUGGAAAAUGGGCUGGACACUGGCUUGGCGAUAACACCGCAGCUUGGGAUCAACUUUAUAAAUCUAUAAUUGGUAUGAUGGAAUUCAGCCUUUUUGGAAUAUCCUAUACUGGAGCAGACAUUUGUGGCUUCUUCAAUGAUGCAGAGUAUUACAUGUGUGUCCGUUGGAUGCAGCUGGGAGCAUUUUAUCCAUUUUCCAGAAAUCACAAUACCAUAGGCACAAAGAGGCAAGAUCCUGUUGCCUUUGAUGCACAAUUUGAAAAUAUUUCCAGAGAUGUACUCAAUACAAGAUACACACUGUUACCCUAUCUCUACACAUUAAUGUAUGAAGCCCAUGUUCAUGGUAGCACUGUAGUACGUCCUGUCCUCCAUGAGUUUGUGGAAGACAAACAAACUUGGGAUGUAUACAAACAAUUUCUGUGGGGACCUGCACUGCUCAUUAGCCCUGUACUGGAGAAUGCUACAUUAGUGUUGGCUUAUAUACCCAAUGCACGCUGGUAUGAUUAUUACACGGAGGAAUAUAUUGGUUUCAAGGGACAGUUCUACAACCUAUCAGCUCCUCUUGAACAUAUCAACCUUCAUAUCCGCGGAGGUUACAUCAUCCCAUGGCAGGACCCUGCUAAUAAUACCUUUUACAGCCGACAAAACUCAAUGGGGCUUACUGUUGCUUUAGAUGAUAAUGGGUUCGCUCAGGGUCAGCUUUACUGGGAUGAUGGGAACAGCAUUGAUGCAUAUGAACAGAGUGCUUAUCUAUUAGAAACAUUUAAUGCAAGUCAGAGUGUUUUAGAGAUUAAGGUUGUGCACAAUGGAUACACUGACCCAAAAAAUUUAAAAUUUGAUGAAAUUAAAGUCUUGGGAGUUGACAGAGUACCUUUAGCUGUUACAGUAAAACAAAAUGGUGUGACCGUUCCAUCUCUCCAUAAUGUCAACUACAAUGCUACAAAAAAGCUGCUGCAUAUUACUGGGCUUCAGCUUGAACUAGGGAAACCCUACUCAGUGGACUGGUCUUCAGUGGUUGAAGGCAAUGAAUCAGUGGUUGAAGACAAUGAAAAAUUUAACUGUUAUCCUGACUCAGGUGCAUCAGAAGAAAAUUGUACUGCUCGUGGCUGUAUCUGGCAGGUUGCCUCUAACUCCCUUGUACCAUCAUGUUACUACCCAAGUAAUUAUGGUUAUUCUGUCAGUAACAUUCAAAACACCGCUUCAGGUCUUACAGCUGACCUCUCCAGAGAUCCUAGUAUCCCUGACCGCUAUGGGGAUCGUUCUCCCCCUAUCAACACACUUCGCUUGGAAGUGAAAUAUCAUGACAACAACAUGUUGCAGUUCAAGAUUUAUGAUGCCAACAAUAAGAGAUAUGAAGUUCCAGUACCACUAUUUCUCCCUAGUACUCCAACAAGUACAGAAGCAGGUCGACUCUAUGAAGUGACAAUUCAGAACAAUCCAUUUGGUAUUCAAAUUCGGCGCAAACACACUGGAACAAUCAUUUGGGAUUCUCAGGUACCUGGCUUCACCUUUAGCGACAUGUUCAUUCAGAUUUCUACCCGUCUGCCAUCACAGUUUGUCUACGGAUUUGGUGAAACUGAACACACUACGUUUCGGCGUGAUAUGAACUGGAACACCUGGGGAAUGUUUACGAAAGACCAGUCCCCUGGUUACAAACUGAAUUCCUAUGGUGUCCAUCCCUUUUACAUGGGCCUGGAAAAUGAUGCAAAUGCUCAUGGAGUCCUCUUGCUUAACAGUAAUGCAAUGGAUGUCACAUUCCAGCCAACGCCUGCUCUGACAUAUCGCACUAUUGGAGGAAUUCUGGACUUUUACAUGGUGUUGGGCCCAACGCCGGAGUUGGUUGUUCAGGAAUACACUGCACUGAUUGGACGACCGGUCAUGCCACCAUACUGGGCUUUGGGAUUCCAGUUAUGCCGUUAUGGAUACAAAAAUGACUCCGAAGUCUCUGACCUCUAUGAGGCAAUGAAGGCAGCUCGGAUACCUUACGAUGUACAGUAUACAGACAUUGAUUACAUGGACCGGAAGUUAGACUUUACUCUCAGCCCAGACUUUGCAGGACUUCCUGCUCUGAUUAAUCGAAUAAAAGAAGAAGGAAUGAGAUUCAUCGCUAUUCUGGACCCAGCUAUCUCUGGCAAUGAGACAAAUGCUUAUACACCAUUCACAAGAGGUGUGCAGGAUGAUGUCUUCAUCAAAUGGCCUAACAGCACUGAGAUUGUCUGGGCAAAGGUUUGGCCAGAUUAUCCCAAUGUAGUAGUUAAUGAGUCUUUAGAUUUAGAAACACAGAUCAAGCUGUACAGAGCUUAUGCAGCUUUCCCAGAUUUCUUCCGCAAUUCGACAGCACAGUGGUGGCAAAGAGAAAUAGUAGACUUCUACACUAACCCAAAUGAUCCAGCGAAGAGUGUAAAAUUUGAUGGCCUGUGGACUGACAUGAAUGAACCAGCAAGCUUUAUUAAUGGAGCGGUUGAUGGCUGCAGAGAACCACUUCUAAACAACCCACCUUAUAUGCCACCUUUGGCAGAAAAGGAGAAAGGGUUGGAUCUUGUGACCUUGUGCAUGGAAAGUCAACAGUUCCUUCCAGAUGGGACCCCUGUCAGGCACUACGAUGUACAUAGUCUGUAUGGAUGGUCACAGGCAAAACCUACCUACGAUGCUGUACGCAAUGCCACAGGGGAACGUGGAAUUGUUAUCACCCGAUCAACAUAUCCCUCUAGCGGACAAUGGGCAGGUCACUGGCUUGGUGAUAACUAUGCAAGAUGGGACCAGCUUGAAAAAUCUAUUAUUGGUAUAAUGGAGUUUGGCCUCUUUGGAAUUUCCUAUAUUGGAGCAGAUAUCUGUGGCUUCUUCAAUGAUACAACACAUGAAAUGUGUGUCCGGUGGAUGCAGCUUGGAUCAUUUUACACCUAUUCUAGAAAUCAUAAUGUGAUAGGAACUCAGAGGCAAGAUCCUGUUUCCUUUGAUGAAAAGUUUCAAAAUAUUUCCAGAGAUAUACUCAAUACAAGAUACACACUGUUACCUUAUCUCUACACUUUAAUGCAUGAAGCCCAUGUUCUUGGUAGCAUUGUAACACGUCCUCUGCUUUUCGAGUUUGUAGAAGACAAACAUACGUGGGAUGUAUACAAACAGUUUUUGUGGGGCCCAGCACUGCUGAUUAGCCCUGUAUUGACUGAAGGAGCUACAGAAGUGAAUGCUUAUAUACCCAAUGCACGCUGGUAUGAUUAUUACACGGGAAAAUAUCUUGAAGUAAGGGGACAAUUCCAGACAUUGCCAGCACCUCUUGAGCAUAUCAAUCUUCAUAUCCGGGGUGGUUACAUCAUCCCCUGGCAAGAACCUGGUCUUAAUACCAAUCAAAGCCGACAAAACUUUAUGGGACUUACUGUUGCUUUGGAUGAUAACGAGGUCGCUCAAGGUCAGCUUUACUGGGAUGAUGGAGUAAGCAUUGACACAUAUGAAAAUGGUAAUUAUUUCUUAGCAACAUUUGCCACAAACCAGAGUGUUUUAGAGAUUAAAAUUGUGCACAAUGGAUACACUGACCCAAACGAUUUAAAAUUUGAUGAAAUUAAAGUCUUGGGAGUUGACAGAGUACCUUUAGCUGUUACAGUAAAACAAAAUGGUGUGACCGUUCCAUCUCUCCAUAAUGUCAGCUACAAUGCUACAAAAAAGCUGCUGCAUAUUACUGGGCUUCAGCUUGAACUAGGGAAACCCUACUCAGUGGACUGGUCUUCAGUGGUUGAAGGCAAUGAAUCAGUGGUUGAAGACAAUGAAAAAUUUAACUGUUAUCCUGACUCAGGUGCAUCAGAAGAAAAUUGUACUGCUCGUGGCUGUAUCUGGCAGGUUGCCUCUAACUCCCUUGUACCAUCAUGUUACUACCCAAGUAAUUAUGGUUAUUCUGUCAGUAACAUUCAAAACACCACUUCAGGUCUUACGGCUGACCUCUCCAGAGAUCCUAGUAUCCCUGACCGCUAUGGGGAUCGUUCUCCCCCUAUCAACACACUUCGCUUGGAAGUGAAAUAUCAUGACAACAACAUGUUGCAGUUCAAGAUUUAUGAUGCCAACAAUAAGAGAUAUGAAGUUCCAGUACCACUAUUUCUCCCUAGUACUCCAACAAGUACAGAAGCAGGUCGACUCUAUGAAGUGACCAUUCAGAACAAUCCAUUUGGUAUUCAGAUUCAGCGCAAACUCACUGGAACAAUCAUUUGGGAUUCUCAGGUACCUGGCUUCACCUUUAGCGACAUGUUCAUUCAGAUUUCUACCCGUCUGCCAUCACAGUAUGUCUACGGAUUUGGUGAAACUGAACACACUAUGUUUCGGCGUGAUAUGAACUGGAACACCUGGGGAAUGUUUACGAAAGACCAGUCCCCUGGUUACAAACUGAAUUCCUAUGGUGUCCAUCCCUUUUACAUGGGCCUGGAAAAUGAUGCAAAUGCUCAUGGAGUCCUCUUGCUUAACAGUAAUGCAAUGGAUGUCACAUUCCAGCCAACGCCUGCUCUGACAUAUCGCACUAUUGGAGGAAUUCUGGACUUUUACAUGGUGUUGGGCCCAACGCCGGAGUUGGUUGUUCAGGAAUACACUGCAUUGAUUGGACGACCGGUCAUGCCACCAUACUGGGCUUUGGGAUUCCAGUUAUGCCGUUAUGGAUACAAAAAUGACACCGAAGUCUCUGACCUCUAUGAGGCAAUGAAGGCAGCUCGGAUACCUUAUGAUGUACAGUAUACAGACAUUGAUUACAUGGACCGGAAGUUAGACUUUACUCUCAGCCCAGACUUUGCAGGACUUCCUGCUCUGAUUAAUCGAAUAAAAGAAGAAGGAAUGAGAUUCAUCGCUAUUCUGGACCCACCUAUCUCUGGCAAUGAGACAAAUGCUUAUACACCAUUCACAAGAGGUGUGCAGGAUGAUGUCUUCAUCAAAUGGCCUAACAGCACUGAGAUUGUCUGGGCAAAGGUUUGGCCAGAUUAUCCCAAUGUAGUAGUUAAUGAGUCUUUAGAUUUAGAAACACAGAUCAAGCUGUACAGAGCUUAUGCAGCUUUCCCAGAUUUCUUCCGCAAUUCGACAGCACAGUGGUGGCAAAGAGAAAUAGUAGACUUCUACACUAACCCAAAUGAUCCAGCGAAGAGUGUAAAAUUUGAUGGCCUGUGGACUGACAUGAAUGAACCAGCAAGCUUUAUUAAUGGAGCGGUUGAUGGCUGCAGAGAACCACUUCUAAACAACCCACCUUAUAUGCCACCUUUGGCAGAAAAGGAGAAAGGGCUGGAUCUCGUGACCUUGUGCAUGGAAAGUCAACAGUUCCUGCCAGAUGGGACCCCUGUCAGGCACUAUGAUGUACAUAGUCUGUAUGGAUGGUCACAGGCAAAACCUACCUACGAUGCUGUACGCAAUGCCACAGGGGAACGUGGAAUUGUUAUCACCCGAUCAACAUAUCCCUCUAGCGGACAAUGGGCAGGUCACUGGCUUGGUGAUAACUAUGCAAGAUGGGACCAGCUUGAAAAAUCUAUUAUUGGUAUAAUGGAGUUUGGCCUCUUUGGAAUUUCCUAUAUUGGAGCAGAUAUCUGUGGCUUCUUCAAUGAUACAACAUAUGAAAUGUGUGUCCGGUGGAUGCAGCUUGGAUCAUUUUACACCUAUUCUAGAAAUCAUAAUGUGAUAGGAACUCAGAGGCAAGAUCCUGUUUCCUUUGAUGAAAAGUUUCAAAAUAUUUCCAGAGAUAUACUCAAUACAAGAUACACACUGUUACCUUAUCUCUACACUUUAAUGCAUGAAGCCCAUGUUCUUGGUAGCAUUGUAACACGUCCUCUGCUUUUCGAGUUUGUAGAAGACAAACAUACGUGGGAUGUAUACAAACAGUUUUUGUGGGGCCCAGCACUGCUGAUUAGCCCUGUAUUGACUGAAGGAGCUACAGAAGUGAAUGCUUAUAUACCCAAUGCACGCUGGUAUGAUUAUUACACGGGAAAAUAUCUUGAAGUAAGGGGACAAUUCCAGACAUUGCCAGCACCUCUUGAGCAUAUCAAUCUUCAUAUCCGGGGCGGUUACAUCAUCCCCUGGCAAGAACCCGGUCUUAAUACCAAUCAAAGCCGACAAAACUUUAUGGGACUUACUGUUGCUUUGGAUGAUAACGAGGUCGCUCAAGGUCAGCUUUACUGGGAUGAUGGAGUAAGCAUUGACACGUAUGAAAAUGGUAAUUAUUUCUUAGCAACAUUUGCCGCAAACCAGAGUACCGUUAAUAUGAGUGUGGUGUAUAACAACUUCCUAACUAACACAAAUCCAUUGAAAUUUGGCUAUAUGAACAUCUGGGGAAUAGGAAACCAAUCGAUUACAAAUGUUACUGUCAUUUAUGAUGGACAGACACAUACGAUUACUAACUUCACCAGUAACCAAGGAAAUCAGGUGCUACAAAUUGAUUUUACCGAGAAAAUAUUCAGCAUUGAAAAAUUUACACAACUUAUAUGGACAACAAGCAAUUAACCAUCUGUGGACAACAGGCAGUUUUAAAGCAUCUCUAGAGGCAUAUUUUCAUCAGCUGUUGUAUUUUGUUCAGCUAUACUAAUAGCGAAAAAACAAAGAAAUAAAAAAGGUCUAUUGUGCAUACUACUGCACUAAGACAUGUAAUUUUGCCUGUGCCACUUAAUUCUGACAUGAUUAGUAGGGAUGUUUGUUUAGCUUGCACACAUGGGUAGGAGCCCAUUUUGAAACAUACAUGUCAUAUUAAUGAAAACAUAUGUUAAGAUUUCUCUGAGAUCUUUUGCUGAGUAAUAAAGAGAGCUUAUUUUUUUCAAAUUAUUGAGGUGGAGAAAAAAGCCAGUGAAAUAUAAUAUGACACUAUGAAAAUGUUCUUUACCUUGCCAUUUUUAAAUUUCUAUAUGCAUUGUGUUUUAUACAAUACAGUACACCUUUUCAUGUAAUUUAUCCUACUAUGUGC